GUUAGAAUUGAGCAAGUGAUUGUUGCUGAGCCAGGAGCAGUUUUACUGUACAAGAUUUCUAAUCUUCUCAAGUUCUACCACCAUACAAUCAGUGGUAUUGUAGGAAACAGCGCAGCCACACUGUUGACAACAAUUGAAGAAAUGCAUUUGUUGAGCAAGAAGAUAUUCUUUAAUAGCCUGAGUCUUCAUGCAAGUAAACUAAUGGAUAAGGUUGAACUCCCACCUCCUGAUCUUGGCCCAAGCUCUGCACUAAAUCAGACACUUAACUUGCUACGGGAGGUUCUGUCAUCUCACGACUCAUCUGUUGUUCCACUGGAUGCCCGUCAAGCUGACUUUGUGCAGGUUCUGUCUUGUGUGCUAGAUCCGUUGUUACAGAUGUGUACUAUGUCUGCUAGUAAUUUAGGCACAGCUGAUAUGGCAACCUUCAUGGUAAAUUCGCUUUAUAUGAUGAAGACUACUUUGGCUCUCUUUGAAUUCACUGACAAACGUCUAGAAAUGUUACAGUUUCAGAUUGAAGCUCAUUUAGAUACACUGAUAAAUGAACAAGCUUCCUAUGUGUUAACAAGAGCUGGUCUGAGUUACAUAUAUAACUCUGUGCAGCACCACAAACCAGAACAGGGUCCUCUUUCAAAUCUGCCAAGUAUGGAUUCUGUGUCCCUGAAGGUUGCAAUGGCUCAGUUUGAUCGCUAUCUGUCUGCUCCAGAUAGUCUGUUAAUGUCCCAGCUGAAUUUCCUUCUGAGUGCCACUGUGAAAGAGCAGAUAAUAAAACAGUCAACAGAACUGGUCUGCAGAGCUUACAGUGAGUUAUAUGCAGCUGUGAUGGAUCCUUCAAAUGAAUAUAAGGAUCCAGAAACCAUACUACACAGGUCUCCUCAUCAAGUUCAGGCACUCCUUUCAUAGUCUUAUGUCUCCUAGAUUUACCAGAUUCUGUAAUUCUGUAUUUUAGUAUUUGCAUUGAGUUAUUUUUCUGUUUUGAAUUUUGAUGUGUAACUGCGUAGUUAAAAUAUGUAGCAAUGCAGUUUUGUUUAAUCUGCUUGGCAGAAGUCUGUUCUGUCCUGUGUCUUUGAAUGCCUUCUAUAGGCCAGAAAAUAGAAUAUAGAUUAAAAAUUAUUUUAAUGUAUUCCUCUAAUGGAAAUGGACCUUGACAAUAUGCAAUCUCUUUGAAAAAAAGGAGUAAAGGAGAAAGAAGCUUUUUCCUUGCUGUACAUAAUCCUUUCAACUAGAGAUUGAACCCAUGUCUUUUACGUCACCAGUAUUUUUAUUUGCUCUUUUCCCUGUUCUUUUUUUCAGCCUAUCAUCAAUA